AUAUAUGUAUACAUAUAUAGAGAGAGAGGGAUAAAGUUAAAAAACAAUAACCAGAAUAAAAAAAGAAAAAAAACUCAGUCGGGAUAUUCGCAUAACAAGAAAAACAAGAAAAUAAAAGGAAAGGUCCCUCAAGGAAGAGGUUGACUGACAGGUGCAAAGGCCCUGGACCUCUCUCUCUCCCUGGUAUAUAACGCCGGGCUUCACUGACGGACGCAUACCCUUACACACACCCUCCAAUAUGAAGAUCGCGCUACUCCUUGUCCUGGUGGCCGUGACUGCGGCAGACAAGCUGCCCUUCGCCAGCCCUCCCGUGGCCAUCCUGCGCAGCGCCCAGGUCAACCCCGACGAGUUCGGCGCCCACAGCUCCGAGUUCGAGGCCGAGAACGGCAUCGUCUUCCAGGUCGCUGGCUCCGAGGGCGCUGCGGGAGGCGCCAACGCGGCCGGCUCCUGGAGCUACCCCCUGGAGGACGGCAGCGUAGCGUCCGUCAGGUUCGUGGCCGACGAGAACGGCUUCCAGCCCGAGUCCUCCCUCCUGCCCGUGGCCCCCGCCUUCCCCCACCCCAUCCCCCAGUUCGUCCUCGACCAGAUCGAGUUCGCCCGCCUCGAGGACGAGGCCAAGGCUCGGGAAGGCAUCAUCAUCCAAGCUUAAGGAUUCAUUUAAUUAACAACAUUUUAACAUAAUGAUUUUAAUUUUAUUAUUAUGAUUGAAUAAAAACCUAUUUAU